CUCAGCACCUGAACAUCACGGCCGCUAUGUAUCCAAGGCGGCUCCCUCGACAACGAUGGGAAAGGCGCCGUCUUGGAAAAGGAUACGACUGCAUCAAAUCUCGAUAGCGACCUUCUCCUCGGCCUCAUACCCAGAAUAAAUCCGUCUGCAAUUUCAUGGCUCGAAAGCGAGUGUGUACGGCGCAACCAUGAGCGAUGUUCGUCUCUAUGACACCAGAAGAGUCAACAACGAUCACCCAGUGUGGACGAUGCUCAGGGCAUUUCAUGGACAGACGGAGGUGCAGUACGCCAACUACUCGGAGUGGGAUGGAAAACUCAUAGCUCAGAUCUACGAUUUUUGGCGCCGGGUCCCACGUUCCAGGUCUCUUGCCCGUACACAUCCUGACUUCAAAAACCCAGCACAUAGAUAUUACAGUGUGAGUGAAGAGUGGAUCAAGAACGAGAAGACAUGGGCGCAGAACUUUUUACCGGUGCCAAGGGCGAGCAUCUCAUUCCCAGAGCAGACUUCAUUCGGCUCCGUCAUAUGGUACGAAGAACUCUCUGAGCAGAAGUGCGGAGUCAAGUUGAGGAAUGUCUUGGUGGUUGGCCUCGGGUCGCUUCACGACAUGACAGAUGGUCAGUGGUUGCACAGUAUCCGUCGGCACCGUAUGGUUUGGGAGAUUGUACAGAUGAUGAGGAAAAGCAGUUACAGCGAGGAAACAAAGACCUGGGCUACUAUCCAUGUCACAUUCGAAGAUUCAUACUACACAGACGCAGACAAGGCCUACCUCAACGGGCAUUUCAAUACCUCGGGAAGAAUCUCCGCAACGGUUUCUAGCAACGGGUCGGGCUGGCAGGCCACUAUGACCGAUGACUGUCUGUUCAUCACCUUCAGGCCAGAUGAGCCGUACAGAGAGAUUAUGGCUGACCUCGUCAACGCGCCAGAGGGGGCAAAGAGGCCUCGAGCGGUGAUAUGUAGGCCUGCCACAGAGCAACGUAAUCGAGAUACAACCAAUACGCGCGUUGUGGAGUGGCUUGCUGGGUAUUGGCUGGUAGCACAGCCGACGGUCGAGGACGACGACGUGUUUGGGAGAACAGUGCUCCACUCUGGCCAGCAUGUUCCUGGCGCUAGUGGCGGUGGCGUUGUGGUCGUCAGUCGUCAGCCAACAAUGGCACGACGGUUCGACGUCGACCCACUUUUCCCGUUCAGACGCCAAGCUCAGGGUCAAGUUCACUCACAAAAUCCACGUCCCACCUCCAGAGCUCUCCUCACACUCCACACCGCAAUUCCUCCGAUUGCCAAGAUGCGGUCCUCAGUCUCUACUGCUACCGUCCCGCCGCGGAAGCCCGCAAACAGGAGCUUCACCGUCAAGGCGGGGAAGCAGGAGGUGUUGAAGAGCGACAAUGAACACGACCACUUUUUCUGGACGUACACAGAGGAGCCGCACAGGACACGGCGAAUGGCCAUUAUCAAGGCACAUCCAGAGGUAACAAAGCUCUGCGGUCCCGAGCCCCUCACCAAAUACGUCGUCGUCUUCGUCGUGUCUAUCCAGAUACUCUGCGCAUACCUCCUUCGUAACACGCCCUUCUUAUCAUGGCCGUUCUUCCUCACCGCAUACGUCGUUGGCGCCACGGCGAACCAGAAUUUGUUCCUUGCUAUACACGAGAUCUCGCACAAUCUGGCCUUCAGGUCCCCGCUGGCAAACAGGGUGUUUGCUGUGUUUGCCAAUCUGCCUAUUGGCAUCCCAUACAGUGCUUCAUUCAGGCCCUACCAUCUUACCCAUCACAAGUCGCUCGGCGUCGAAGGGCUCGACACGGACCUGCCCACCGCCUUUGAGGCUUUCUUCCUCGACUCGGUCGCUGGCAAGGCUUUCUUCGCCACCUGCCAGAUCCUCUUCUACGCCCUCCGCCCCAUGUUCAUCUACAACCUGCCACUCACGAGGAUCCAUCUCUUCAACGUUGUCGUACAGCUCGCCUUCGACUACGCGCUCGUGCAGUUCGCAAGCGGCAAGGCGCUCGCAUACCUCAUCUUGAGCAGCUUCCUCGCUGGGUCGCUACACCCCUGCGCCGGCCACUUCAUCGCCGAGCACUACGUUUUCGAGAAGCCCAUCAAAGAUGCGACAAACCCUGCGAACCAGAUCGCCGUUCCUGAGACUUACUCGUACUACGGAAUCCUCAACUUUUUUACGUACAACGUCGGCCUGCACAACGAGCACCACGACUUCCCCGCCGUGCCGUGGACACGCCUGCCUGCGUUGAACCGUAUUGCACACGAGUUUUACGAUGAGUUGCCGCAGCACAAGAGCUGGGUGUGGGUCAUCUGGCAAUUUGUAUGGGACAAGGAUAUCAGCUUGUGGUGCAGGGUCAAGAGAGAGGGAGGAGGACGGAAGGUUGGCGCCGGUAGUGGGUGGAAUGAGGAAGAGUUGGGCGCGAACGAGAAGAAGGGCCCAAUUCCUGGUGUGCUAUAA